AUGCCUCUGCCCCGACGCCGCUCAUCCUUCCUGGGACAGCCGUCCGCCGAGCGUCCGGCCUCCUCCUGCGGGAGGAUCGGAGCGCCCGGUACGGCCGCCCCCCGUGGCGUCUUUGUGGGCUCCGCCCCUCCAGCCUGCGGGGCCUCCAACCUGGGGACCCGGGUGUCCCGCAGGGCUCUGGGCAUCAGCAGCGUCUUCCUGCAGGGGAUGAGGAGCAGCGCAGCGCCGGUUCUGCCCCGUGCCGGCGAGCGGGCUGGGCCUCACGGGGCGGCGGCAGCUGGACUGAACAGCUGCCUGAUGGAGUACCGCGACAAAGUGAGAGCGCUGGAACAACUGAACCAGCAGCUGGAGGAGCAGAUACGCCUCUGCCUCGACCGCAAGGCCUCCAGCGCCGGAGCCUGGGGACCCCUGAGAUGUAGUAACUGUAGCUCCGCCUACAGGUACGAGAACGAGCAGCCCUUCAGGAGGGCGGUGGAGGAGGAGAUCAGCUCGCUGUACAAAGUGAUCGAUGAGGCGAACCUGACGAAGGCGGAGCUCGAGGAGCAGAUGGAGAACAUGCUGGUGGAGCUGCGCAGCCUGGAGCAGAACCACGAGCAGGAUGUGCGAGUCCUCUACAGUCAGAUGGCUGGACGGGAGGUGGACGAACCCGACGCUCCCAUAGAAACCAGUCUGGACCAGAUCCUGGCCUACAUCAGGAGCCACUGGGAGAAGGUGACGGAGAGGAACCGGGCCGAGACCGACAGCUACCUGGAGUGUAAGGAGGCGCAGUGUGUGAGCAGCAGGCUGAGUCCUGAGGAGGAGCAGGUGGAGGCGCUGAAGGCCGAAUGCAACGAUACCGGCUGCAAGAUUCAGAGCCUGCAGGCCGAGACCGAGUCCAUCCGAGCGCUGAAACGGGGUCUGGAGAACUCGCUGAGCGACGCCCGGCACUGGCACGACAUGGAGCUGCAGAACCUGGGCUCGGUGGUGGCCAAGCUGGAGGCGGAGCUCGCCGACGUCCGCGGCGAGAUCGACCAGCAGCGCCGCGACUACGACACGCUGCUGAGCAACAAGCAGCGGCUGGAGCAGGAGAUCGGCAUGUACCACGGCAUCCUGGACGGAGAGGAGAACCGGUUCCAGCCCGCCGAGACGCUGUGUUCAGGUCUGCACUCAGAGCCUGAGGGAGCUGCUGCUGCUCCAGGACCUCCAGGACCUCCAGGACCCCCAGGACCGUGAUCCCAGUGGGGCAUGGGAGCAGACUGGAGCCCAGCAGGGACUCUGUGAGUUGGACCUGGUCCUGCUGGGUUCUACCUGGUGAGGUGUGCAGGUGUGAGCGACACCAGACGCGUUCCUGCUGACUGAACUGCUCGAUGUGAAUGUGAUGUGUUAUAAGGUCCUCAGCGGAACUUGUCACCAGAACACCUGAGGACUCGUCGGACCAGACUGGAGUUUUGGGUCCAGACUGGACCAGUCAGGCCUCUGCUGGGUCGACACCGUUAGUUGUUGUGUCAAGAUUAAGAUACCAAAUAAAGAUGAUUAAACAAGAGAAGUCCAGAUCCAGCGUAUUUGUAGUGUGCACUGUGGGUUUAGCUGGACACGGUCACAUGACAGAGACUCUGAGGAGGCCAACGAGCUGGGUCCACAGAGUGUCUGGAUCAGAGGAACCGAUGGAACUGAACUGACUGAGGAGACGACCACGAGGCUGUGGACUGAACAUCUGCACAGAGUCCACUGUGAUCAGUUUGGAUUAUUGAUUAACUGACGACUAGCUGAUGCUGUUGAUUAUGGGUUUAAAACUUUAUUGGCAUCCUGCUACAAACUGCUUCUGCUCGAUGACACCAACAGCUGAACCGGGGUUUGAAACCAAUCAGUCAAACAGAACCGUUGCCAGUUCCACAUCUUUGAGAUCAGAUCACAACAUUACGAGAUAAAAUACUUCAUCUCCGUUUAUUUACACUUUACUGUAGAGAACAGCUGCAGUACGUUGCAGGUUCUGAAGUAAACCGACUCCCAGAACACCUGAGGAGCCGACCAGGUCCGGACUGUGGCAGGUUCUGGAUCAGUCCAGUCUCUGACACAGAACCACAAAAUGUUUAAAUAAAAGUGUCUUUGACUUUUGAUGUUAAAUAAAUAAAAGUGGAUGAUGUGAAAGUCA